CAUUCCUUUCUUCCAGUCUUGCAAAGAUGACUGCAAAGAUCGCCGCCCUUUUUGCCCUCAUGGUGGGCGUUCUUGGUGACUCUGUGCCCUCAUACAGUCCUCCUACUCCAUCCUAUAACCCUCCUGUUCCUUCCUACAACGCGCCUGCACCUGCCCCUACAGGACCAGCACAGUACGACUUCAAUUACGCCGUGAAAGACGACUACUCCGGCAACGACUUCGGUCACCAAGAAAGCCGAAAUGGAUACGACACUCAGGGUACCUACUACGUCCAGCUCCCCGACGGUCGCCUGCAGACAGUCACUUACAAUGUAAACGGCGACUCCGGCUUCUUAGCUGACGUAUCCUACCAGGGAGAGGCCCAGUACCCAGCCCAGCAGCCUGCUAGAUCUUACCAGCCUGCUCCCACCCCAUCCUACCAGCCUGCUCCCACCCCAUCCUACCAGCCUGCUCCCACCCCAUCCUACCAACCCGUCCCCACUCCCGCUUAUGGUUAACUCUUUAACUUCAUUACCGAUCUUGUCUGUUUCUGUAGACUUUUAGAGCACUAAUGUUUGUAAAUAAAAUAAAAAUCUAUAAAAUCUA